AUGGCAGCUAUUGAACGGUUACCAUGGGACAUCUUGUCGGCCAUUACAUCGCGGUUGGAGCAGCAAGACUUUCACAGCUUACGCUGCUCAAGCAGGACUCUGAGCCGCGGGGUCGUCACGCCGACCUUUGAGGACAGCUUCACCACAAAGACUGUUGCAUUUACUCCGAGCGGGCUGGAACGCCUGGCAAAUGUUACUGAAAAGGGCGAAUUGGCUUGCAAGAUACAAAAUCUCACCUUGAGCGGGCCUUCGUUUCUAGGAUACCAUGCGUGCGGGCGACGUCGUGUUGUAGAGGAGCUGGCAUCCAGCAAGCAGCAGACAGUCGCUGAAUACAAUCUCGCACGGGAUAGCGGAAAAUUGACAAAGCUUCUAACCAAGGCGUUUGAAAACAUUGCCAAAAAGAACCCAGCUUCUCGCCUAGAGCAGCUCUGCGUGUCAUCAUUUGACUACGACACCUACCUUCGAUAUGGUCGCAACGUAAGUGUUGCGACUUGUGAUCGCAAAGACGCAGCAGCCGAUGUCUACAAUGCCAUAUUAUGCGCCAUUGCUGCCAGUGGGAUUGCAGUGCGGCACCUUUCUCCUAUGUCGUGCCGUAGCCUCUGGAAACAGACACCGGUGGAUAGCCAAAUGCAAGAGGUAUUCAGCGACUUCUACGGAGCAUCCGAGGCGUUUCAAUAUCUCGAAAGCCUGGAGCUUCCAACCAUUUCAAUGAGUGAGGAAAGACUGGAUAUAACAGCCGACGGGGAGCAAUAUACAACACCUUUGCAGCAAGGCCCUCGUCAGACAGCUUCGCUACGCCGCCCACCGCCACUGCUGGAUGAGCUAACGUUUCAUGCGUCGACGCUGCUAGACUUGGCGCAAAAUAUAACAUCGCUUUCCAUUGGAGCAAACAGAGCCCUUACUGAUGUCCGGCCUUCUGGUGAGAUGGACUACACGAGCGAGAUAGUGAUUCACUAUCUUUCAACAGCGCGACUCCCACAUUUGACGACGUGCCAGCUCUACCUGCUGCGCGUAUAUGAGGAUGACCUGGUGCUGCUACUUCGACGAAACACACUAAAGACACUGCGACUACAUGGCAUUGACGUUGUACAUGGCGAGUUGCGGCCAGUGCUUGACGAAUGUGCGGAACCGUUUUUUAUGCUGGAGACGCUGCAUUUAAAGUACAUCUCGGUUCGCAGGCGGACGGUGGAAUUUGAACCAAUGCCAAACCAUACCACAGAUACAGCAACAAUAACAGCAAACAAGGGCCAGUCCAAAGUCGAAGAGGUGACGUUAUCGAGAGAACAGCUCAGAGGAGGCGUGCGCUUUAGCCUUCGAGAGGCUCGCAAGUUGCCUGAGUCGGAACUGUUUAGAUUGUUGAGAGUAGAUUAG